GCACCGACGCGUUGUUUGCAGCCGUCGACGCACUCGAAGCCCGAAAGCAAUCAUACAUGGGCAUCUGCAACAAGAAGCCCGAGGAAGAGGACAUCGAGACAGGCCUAACGCGCACCGACACCAGGCUGCUGCGCAAGACAUGGCACUACUAUUGUGUGGACAACCGCGACUACGCGGUCAUCAUCUUCCUCUCGUUCUUCAUCAAGUCGCGCGGGGCCCUGCAGCUGUUCCGCCGGUUCCGCGACAAGCCCCUCGGCAAGCUGCCCGAAGACCCGCAGUUCCGUGCGCACGCCAUUGCCGUGAGCUUCCAGCUGACCUCUAUGGUAGACACCGCAGAUGACGCCGUGCUCCUCGAGGCACUGAUCCGCAAGAACGCGGUGGCGCACACCGAGCGGCACGGUGUGAUGCCCGACCACUUCCGCAUGCUCGGCAACACGGUGGUCGAGGUGCUGCAUGCCAGGAACGAGAGGCGCAUGACACCAACCGCCGUUCGCGCCUGGGAGAAGCUAUUCGAAUACAUGGCGAGGAUCACGAAGCAGGUGUACGAGGAAGAGAAGGUGCAGAUCAAGUCAGUAGACAUUGAAGGCUUCACUAGGGAGCUGGACGCCGACGUUAAAGAGGGUGCAACCGGAGGUCGCGCCAGCAACUCCGGGACGCCACAGUCCCGCGGCAAGCGGUCUCCAAAGGCUUCGAAGCCGGCUGCGAAGAGCAGCCGCGGUACUCCCAAGGGCGGCCAAUCACAGGCAGCCGCCACACCUAAGGGCAGCCAAUCCUCGGCAGCCGCUUCACCUAAGGCCCGCCAAUCAUCAGGAGCUGCCACACCUAAGGGCGGCCAAUCGUCGACAGCCGCCACACCUAAGGGCAGCCAAUCCUCGGCAGCCGCUUCACCUAAGGCCCGCCAAUCGUCGGCAGCUGCCACACCUAAGGGCGGCCAAUCGUCGACAGCCGCCACACCUCGGGGCGGUAAAUCACGGACAGCCGCCACACCUAAGCGCGCGCAAUCGUCGGCAGCUGCCACACCGAAGGGCGGCCAAUCGUCGGCCGCUGCCACACCGAAGGGUGGCCAAUCGUCGGCAGCUGUCACACCUAAGCGCGCCCAAUCGUCGGCAGCCGCCACACCGAAGGAAUGCCAGUCGCCUGACAGGGUGUGCGCUGACCAGUCACCGGCAAAGAGCCCCCAGCGGCCCACCACACCGAAAAAAGCAGCUUAG